AGACACAAUUCCGGUGAGCCUCGCGCUCAUACCCGACAGAGCUGCAGAAGCGAGCAAUGCUCAGGCUGUCUCUGUCGCGCCAGACGGCUGCUCCGUAGCUGUAGUGGGGAUUUCGGCGACAUGUAUAACUAUUCUGCGCUCGGCUGACCCAUCAGGCGUGCAAGCGAGCAGCUCAGGCGAUGAUCCAGUGCAAUUCUCAGUGGCUCGCCGCUUCCAGCCCACACACUCGGCCGCGGGCAAGGCCUCGCAACCUGAUAUUAUGGUGGCCCACUGCUGGUCGCAUGAUGGCUCACGCCUUGCGCUGGCCACCUUGUCGGGCCACGUUUACGUGCUGGACAGGAACGGGCUGCCAGUGGUCAUGCUGCCGCCCAACGCGGGGCCAUGGCACGGGCGUGUGGUGUCGGCAUUGGCGCUGCCGGUACCGUCCCUACUGCUGCUGUUCACCUCCAAACCACCCCAGCUGUUCGCCGUGCCACUCGGCGCGCCGCCCCGUAUACUAGCGGGUCUGAAGCCAACGCCGCUAGGCGGUCGUGCGGGUCACACAUCCGUGCGCGCCGCGGCCUUCCAUGCGACCUCAGCCACGCUGGUGGUUGCCGGCGACGCAGCGCGCAGUGGCGGGGAGGCCGCAGCGGGGCCUACCAUCAGCGUCAGUGCAUGGCGACUGGAGGUCAGCGGCAGUGGCAGUGAUUGCAAGGCCCAGCUCCAGGGCGCGUAUGGGGGGCCGCUGCAGAUGCCUGGGCUGGGCGGCGCAAAAGGCGGAUCAGGGCCAUUGCUGGGCCGGUGGUCACUGGCUGUGUCGCCACUUGGCGAGCAGGCGGCGCUAUGUGUGCCGCCGUCUGGGGGGCUGCUGCUUCUGUCGCUGCCACAAUGCAGCCGCGUGCAGCUUGGCCAGCAGGCUUUGCCUGGCCUAAGUGCAUGCGCUGCCUCGGCGGUGAGCGGCUGCUGGUGGACCAGCGAGGCGGCGUUGGCGCUGAGUGACGCGCGCGGCCGGGUGGCGCUGGCGCAGCUGCCAGGGCUGGAGGCGGACCUGCUGCUGGGGCCGGAGGGCGAGGGCGGGGCCGAGGAGGGUGGCGGAGCGCAGCGGCGCGGCGCGCAGGAGCAUGGCGUCACCUUUGCGCCGGGCUCGGUGAUUGCGGCCAAGGUGUGUGGCCCCGGCCCUCGCGGCCUGCUGGUGCUGGAGCCGGUGGCAGCAGCUGCAGAUACCGCAGGCGGCUGUGCUGGCCGGAUGUACGGCGGGGUACCCGCUGGAGGCGGCGGCGCAGCUACCUCACUGCGGCUGCUGCUUCUGGCGGAGCGGACGGCACAGGAGAUGAUGCAGCUGCACGUGCGGAACCAGCGCUGGGCUCCGGCGCUGCGGCUGGCGGCCGCGUCAGGGCUGGACGCCGACGCUGUGUAUGAGGCCCGCUGGGCAGCCAGCGCCGUGGACGGCAGCGGCGAGGCGGUGGCGGCCAACCUGGAGUGCAUGCGGGACAGGCGCUGGGUGGUGGGCGAGUGCCUGUCGCGCCUGGCGGUGGACGCGGCGGGCCAGCGGCUGCUGCUGCGGUACGGCCUGGCGGAGAGCGAGGCGCAGGAGCGCGCGCAGGCUGGCGAUUGUGGAGGCAAAGGGCCCAGCGGCGCUGCCCCGUGGUGGUGGUGGCGGCUGGCUCGGCUGCGGUUGCUGCGGCACCUGGACCGAUUGGAGCUGCUGCUGGCGGCGCAGGGCGGGGCCUACGACGCUGCUGCGUACGCUGCCUUCCGCGACCUGCCGCUGCCCGCCGCCGCCGGCUCCUGGGCGGCGCUGGGCGGCGUGGGGCCGCUGACGGCCCUGGCCGCCGCCUACCCCGCCGCGCUGUCGCCCGCGGCACCCGGGCCGCUGCUGCUGGGCGUGCUGUCGCGACUGCCCGAGACCCUCAGCCCGCGGCUUUACGGCGCUCUGCUGCCCCGGGCCGACAACACCGACACUGCUGCGCCGCGCCCCGCACCUCGCGCUGCGGAUUGGGCGGAGGCGCCUGAGCAGCUGGCGGCACUGGCGGAGGCGCUGGUGGAGGCAGCUGCGCGUCAGGCGGACGGGCACUUUGUUGACGAGGCCCCGGGUGGCGGGCCGCUGCCGGGCGGGCUGGAGGCGGACCUGACGGACGCCACGUGGCGGGUGCUGGCGCCGCCCGCCCGGCUGCCCGCGGCGGCGGUGUGCGAGUGGUACUGCGAGCGGGCGCUGCAGCUGGACGAGGCCACCGGGCAGAUGCAGGCCUCGCUGGCGCUGCUGGAGCUGGGCUGGGAGCGCGGCGGCCGCAGCGCCCGGCUGGCACAGCUGCUGGGGGCGGCGCGCGCGCUGGCCGGCGUUAUGACCGCGGCCUCCACUGCGCGCCAGUGCACCUCCAGCGCCGCCGCAGCCGCUUCUCACGGCCACCGCCAGCGGCCGCCGCCGUCCGUGUGGCUGCUGGGCCUGCGCGGCUUCCUGGCGCUGCCCGGCGGCGAGCAGCUGCGGCUGCUGCUGGGCGGCAGCAGCGAGGACAGCCUGCGCCGGGACGUCAAGGACAGGGUGCUACCCUUUCUGCGCGGCCCGGGCGUGUCAGCUGCAGAGGCCGCGGGGCUGGCGACUGCGCUGCUGGGGGAGGAGGUACAGCGGCGGCCGGGCUGGGCGGCGGCGUUGAGUGAGGCGGAGGCGGACGCCAUGGAGGCGUCUGCAUCAGCUGGGGGCUCGGCAGCUGGCCUAUUGUUUGGCGGCGCGGAGCAGAUGGUCAAGGCUCUGCACCGGGCUCUGAUGGACUGCCACCACACCGACGAGUGGCCGGCGCUGCAGCGCACGGUGGCGGCGGCGGCCCGGGCCCUGGCGGCUGAGCGCCGACACGCCGCCGCACUGGCGGCGGCAGGGCACCAUGAAGGCAGAGCUAACGAAGGCAGCACCCACGCAACCGUGACGGCAGCGGAGCAGGUCGCGGAGGCGGAGGCAUUGCUGUCGCGGCUGGCGGGCGCGGUGACGGCGGCCGAGCUGCUGGCGGUGUACGGGCUGCCUCUGACGGUGCGACACGUGAGCACGUGCCGGGAGGGCGCUCAGGAAGCGGCGCGCUGCGUGCGGCAGGUGCUGGGCCGCGUGCAGAGGUCCAGCGCCUCGCAGUCGGAUGCCGAGUGGGCGGCCUUGUGGCGCGACCUGGCGGCAGUGCGCGCCGCCGCCUUCUCCUGCCUGAUGCCCGAGCAGGUGCUGUCUGAGCUGUGCCGCUGUAUGCUGCACUGCGGCCGCACCGACCUGGCCAACGCCUACCUGCGCGGAGGGGCGCCGCCAGUGCCACUUGACGGUGCUGCGGUCGUCCCCAGCGUCAGACUGGCGGACGGAGCGGAGCCGGAGCAGCCCACAGCGGCAGUGGUGUCCCUGACUGACGAGGCGGCGGAUGCGCUGCUGGCAUCCGUGGCGGCGGAGCUGUUGGCGGCGGCCGAUGACCCCUGGGACAGCUCGGCACAGCAGGCGGCGUGCUGCCUGGCGCUGGCGGGUGACAUCUGUGAGGCCGCACAGGGGCUGCGGCGGCUGAUGGCAGCGCUGGAGCUGCUGCCGGACUUGGGCAUCGAGCUCAUGCCCGCACAGGUGAUGCAGAUGCCGGACCGGUUUGAGGUGGUGCGGCUGGCGCUGGCGGCUCAGGAGCAGGCGGCGGCGGAGGAGCGGCGCGGCAGCGUGGCGGCAGGGCUAGCGCCAGGGCUGGUGGCGGUUCUAACUGGGGUGGGGAAGGUGGCGGCGGGGCGCGCCGCGGCCAAGGGCCUUGGCGCUGCAGCGCUGGGUGGCCGGGGCAGCCGCCGCCGCGCUGCGGUACAAGUCGCGGGCCGUGCAGCCGUAGCGGGCGGACGCGCGGCGGCGGCUCUGGCGGGCGGGCUGCUGGCGGUCGCGGGCCGCGUGGCGCCCAACGUGGCGGGCGCGGUGGCGGUGGCAGGUGGCGCGGUGGCGGACCGAGUGGCUGGCAUCGUGGCGGCGGCGGCGGCAGAGGGCGAGCUGGACGGCGGCCUGGGCGACCGCCCUGGCCACGGCGGCGGCGGCCACGUGUCAGUGGGGCGGCUGCUGGAGCUGGCUGAGCUGCUGGGGCUCACCCGCACCGCGGACGAGCUGAGGGUUCGGGAGCUGGCUGCCAGGUCGGCACUGCGCGGCGGCGACGUGGCCACUGCGCAGCACCUGGCGUUGGGGCUGAUGGCGGCGCAGCACACGUCCGUGUGGUCCCUGUGCGCCGACCUGGGCUCGCACAAGCAGCUGCCGGGCGGCGACGGCGUGCGGCGGCGACUGCUGUCGUACGCAGCGCUGCACUGCCCGCCCACCCGCAUGCCGCUGCUGCUGGAGGAGCUGAGGGAGGUGGAGCGGCGGAUGGAGCAGACUGCAGGCGCGGCAGGCGCUGUCCACGACACAGCUGCUACCACGGAAGAGGAAUCACAGCUGCGUCAGGCAAUUACGGUAACGCCGCUGGGCGACCGGCGGGGAAUCGUGCCAGGCGGGCUCUCGGCGGCAGCGGGCCUGCCCAGCUUUGGGGACACUCUCCUUGCGCUGGCGGUGCUGCAGCCCAUGGCCACAGCCCGCGGCGCCGCUGCAGAUGCAGAGGCUCAGAAGCGGCUGCAGCUGCUGGACCGGCUGCCGGCGGCUCAACAAGAUGAGUCUGGCCGCGAUACGCCGCACGCCCAGUUGCAGCGUGUGCUUGCGCUGCAGUGCUUGUGCCACUGCCUGGCCGCCGCUGUGGCGGCUGGCGGCCGUAGCACUCCGCAGCAGCGGCUGCAAUGGCUGCAUCGCCCGCUUGGGGAGCUGCUCAAAGAGGUGCGGCCGCUGAGCGCGGAUGGGCGUGCAGUGGUGGCGGCUGCCGCUGCUGCGGCGCUGGCAGCCGAGUCGGCGCUGGCUGCUGCGCGGGACAGCCGAGCGGUGCGGCGGGCGGUGCCGGGUGUGGACGCGGGCCAGUUCGCUGCGGGCGAUGUGGAGUACCGCCGCGAGGCCAUCUUGCGCCAGGCGUCUGCGGCCGGCGCGGCUGAGGCGGAGGCGCUGGUGGGCUCGGGCCCCGGUGGCUCCUCCCCGGGCAGCACCUCCGGGCCGGCCUCGCCCACGUCUGCCGCCAGCGCCUCCCGCCCCUCAGCGCCAGACCUGGGCCUGGUGCAGCUUCAGUCGGGGCCGCCGCCCGCCCUGGCUGAGACCCUGGCGGAUGCCGCCACCAGCGCCCGCGGCGCCGAGCUGCUGGCGGCGGCGGCGCGGCUGGCGGCGGCGUAUGGCGUGGAGGGCUGGGAGCUGCGGCUGGCCUUCACCACCUCACUUCUCACGUCCGCGCCCGCGAUCACGCCCGAGCUCCGCGCGGCCGUGUCCCGGGCCGCGGCGCCGCUGCUGGCGUCCGAGCCCUCCGCCUCCGCGCUGCUGCGGCAGCUGGCCACAACCGCCUACCCGGAGCUGCCGCCCACCAGCGGACCGCACCUGGCGGCUUGGGUGGCGCUGCUGAUUGAGUGCCUGGGAGCGGUGGCGCAGCUACAACCUCCUUCAGGACUGGACGCGGCCACCGUGACUGCUCUUUCAGCUGCCGCCUGCCCUGCACUGGACAAGCUGCGUGAGCUGCUGGAGCGCGCGGCGGGCGCCCUCAAGGGCCUGGCGCUCACCACCCUGCUGGCGCCGCUGCUGGCGGCAGUGCUGCAGCCGCUGGGCCUUUCGCUGCAGCCGCCUGCCGCCGCGGCAGCCGCUGGGCCCCCUGAGACUUCGGCUGCAGCUGCGGCCCUGUUCACAUACGUCAAGCCCGCCAACAUCGCGCAGGCGGCCAAGCUGGUUGCGGCGCUGCACAAGCUGCUGGGGCCGCUGGGCCGCAAGGCACCCGUGCCGCAGCUGCCGCCCGCGCUGGACGCGCUUCCGCCCAGCCUGCCCUACCUGUGCCUCUGCGUCAAGGCGGUGUCCGUGAAGGCGCCGCAGCGCGGCGGUGCUGACGGCGGUGCGGCCGCCCUGACACCGCCGCAACGUGACAUGGCGGCGGCAUGGGGCCACAUCGCGGAGCAUGUGGUGCGCCUGCCGCCACCGCAGCUGGCGGCAUGGCUGGCGUUCGCGCUGUUGCCGGGCGAUGGCCCGGGGCCGGGCUACUGGUGCCCGCUGCCGCCGGCGGUGACGGGAUGCGCAUUGCUGCCUGUGCUUAUGCCGCGGCCGACGCAGACCGAGGUCCUUGACACGUGCAUGCCGCUGCUGGCGGUGGCUGAGGACUCGGCGCUUGGCGGCCUGCCGGGCGCGGAGCUGGCGGUGCGCCUGCCGCAGCUGCGCGAGCUGCACAAGCGGCUGCGGCUGCUGCGAGCGGCGCGGCGCACGGAGUCAGUCGCUGGCGGCAACGCCUUGCCUCAGGAGCAGGUGCAGAGGCUGGAAAGCGACCUGUUUCCGCCGGCCAGUGGCGGCAACGGCGACGCGGCGGCAGCCGACCUGGCGGACGGCGGCCGGGUUCAGUCGGCGCUGUCGCACCUGGCCGCGGCGGGAUGCCCCUUGGCGGUGAUGCUAACGCUGGCAGUGGCAGCGGCAGAGGGGGUCUCGGGCGCCUCGAGCGGGGGAGCGGUGGCAGCGGCGGCUGUGCAGGACGCGCUGCAGGCGGCGCUGGAGCGGGUGAACGGCGCCGCGGGACCACAGGGCGCCGGCAGCGCGGACUCGCUGGACCAGCUGCGCGGCGUCGUGCGCUGCCUGGACGUGCAGCCUGAUGUGCAGCCAGCUGCCGAGGCGGCGGCCGGGGGUGCGCUGGCCUCGCAGUUGGCGGCGCUGCGGGAGGAGGUGUGGUCACGACUGCAGCAGGCCACUGAGCAGCAGGAGGCUGCGGGCGCUGGGGCUGGUGCGGGGGCGGCAGAGCACGGGAGCAGGGACGCUGGCGGAGGCAGCGGCGUUGUGGCCGCUUUGCUGGGCCUGCAGGCACAACUGGGAAGCGAGGUGUGGUCGGACUGGGGCGGCAAUGCCGCUUCGGCAGACGCCAGUGGCGACCGCUCGGAGCAGCUGCGCCUUAGGCUGCUGCUGACGCGCACCCGCGCGCUGUUGGCGCACCUGCCGCCACUGCACCCUGCGUUGGCGGCCAGUGCAGCCGACGCAAGGGCUGACACGGGUCUGGCUGUGUCGGUCCGGCCGGAGGACUUAGGCAGCUGCAGCGCGGCCGAGUCCCUGUUUGCGCGGCUGCUGGGAGCGCCUGAAGGCGGCGACGGGCACUCGUUGCUGCCGGCCCCGCAGUCGCGAGAGCGGCUGCAGCUGUUGUCUCGGCUUCUGACAGACGUGUGGCAAGGCGGGCAGGCCUGGGAAGGGCAGUCGUCAGGCCAGGACAGCCAGAACGGCGCGGCGACCGGUGACCACGUGUCGCCGCUGCACGGCUGCUGGCGGGCUCUGGCGCUGGCACACCUGCGGUCGGGGCAGCUGCUGGAGGUGACGAGGCUUCUGGACCCGCCGCCGCGCACAACAGCCGCCUCACCGGCGGUGCUGCUGGCCGAGGCCGACGUGGGCGAGCUGCUGCGCCAGGCCGCCCUCGGUCAGGCCACUGCUGCGCAGCAGGCGCCCCAUGGCAGCUGCAGUGCAGGCGCCUGGUCGCGCUGGGUCCUGGGCCUAUCCUCGCCCUACCCGGCGCACCGGCAGCGGGCACUGGCCGAGCUGCAGCAGCAGGCGGCGGGGCUGCCGGCAGGGUCCGGCUCGCUGCCUCCGGCCCCCACGGAGCUGGAGGCGCUGCUGCUGAUGGCGGGGCUGGCGCGCAGCGGGGACGUUGAGGUGCUGUUGGGCGCGAAUGAUGCCCGCUGCUUGUCGGCGCUGCUGCUGCGGCACCUGCUCGCUGCAGCGCAUGGCGGCAGCGACCUCGGCUGCCCCGCGAUAGCACGCGCCGCCGUGGUGCCGUGCCUGGCAGCGCUGCUGGUCGAACGAGGGCAGGCGGGCCUGGCGGCAGGGCUAGCGGCGCGGUGGCUGCGGCUGCACCCGUCGCUGGCAGCAGCGGGCGGCUCGGGUGUUGUCCUGGAGAUGUUCCUGCGGAAGGUGGCGGCUGCGGCGGGACUUGAUGACGCAGGGGCGGAAGGCGUGCGUCUUUCCGCAGAGGAGCUAGGCAAGGGUGGCUGGCCAGGCAGUGUGGUGUGGGCAGCACGUGAGCGGGAGGGCAUGUGCCGCAGUGCGCUGCAACAGCUGGCCGCGCGGGCGCAGCAGCUGCCGGCAAGCACGGGCGCAGCUGACACUACCGGCCUUGAGUAGCGCGCGGCAGUCACGCGGGUUGCAUCAGUAGCGAGCUUGGUACAGGUGUAGCGGUACACAGGGUAGUGAUAUGGUGAAGUUGGUGUGGGUGCUUUGCACGGGGAUGUUCGUGCAUGUCAUCACUGUGGUAAUCCAGCUGAGGCACUGCCGCUCAUACCCACUCCGAGUUUACCGAGUCCGUUGGGUCUUCCCUGCCGAACGAUUAUGUACGCCGUGUGGGGCGGUUUCUCCGUGGGUUCCAUCUUCGCAUGUCACAUUCAUCAGCAAACGCCCGCCCCUAAAACGAGGGCCGAGGAAAGACGGGCGCUGAGCAGCCGCCACCGUAUGGCUUGCAUCUUCGGGGAGCGGCAAGAAACGAGCCACAAUGCUGGCCCUUGGGCGAGAAAGAUUGGGCAUUUCCGGG